AUGAGAGAAGAGUACUGGCCACUACAAGGCCGUAGACUCGCCCGGAGUACUGUCCGUAACUGCUUCCGUUGUACCCGUCUAAACCCUAUACCUCUUGAACAACAAAUUGGCCAGCUGCCUGCCCAGAGAAUAAUGUCAAGUAGACCAUUUAACGUUACCGGAAUAGAUUACGCCGGACCGCUGUACCUGAAACCCAUGCACAGACGCGCUGCCCCUGCAAAGGCUUAUAUAUGCGUCUUUAUAUGCUUCACCACGAAAGCGGUUCACCUUGAACUGGUUGGAGAUUUGUCAACCCAAGCAUUUAUCGGUUGUCUGCGAAGAUUUGUUGCCAGACGCGGUCGCCCGUCUCACUUGCAUUCGGAUAAUGGUAAGAAUUUUGUCGGCGACCAACUAAAGGAAUUGUUCUACUUGCUACAAAAUGCGGAAGAACAACAAAGAAUUAGUUCCGCCUGUGCCGAUGAAAACAUCACCUGGCAUCUUAUUCCCCCUAGGGCGCCGAACUUUGGCGGUUUGUGGGAAGCGGCAGUGAAGGUUGCGAAAAAACACUUAUUUCGCCAACUUGGAUCCACCCGUAUUUCCUUCGAGAAUAUGUGUACGGUGCUCACGCAAAUAGAGUCUCAAAUGAACUCUCGACCGCUAUUGCCGAUGACUGAAGAGCCAGAUGACUUAGCUGCGCUCACUCCUGCUCACUUCCUAAUCGGAACUUCGAUGAAUACACUGCCCGACCCAGAUCUCAGCCACCUACCGAUGAAUAAACUCGAUCAAUACCAAAGUCUCCAACUGCAUACACAAAAGUUUUGGAAACACUGGCAACGAGAAUAUCUUCAAGAACUUCAAAAAGAUACCAAAUGCCGUGGACGUAACAAUCAAAUUAUACCUGGUAAACUAGUUAUACUCAUCGAUGACCUGCAACCUCCAAUUCGCUGGCCUUUGGCUCGCAUAGUGUCAACUCAUCCCGGCUCCGAUGGAAUCACUAGAGUCGUUUCGCUGCAGACCGCAAGAGGACUUAUUACACGACCUGUCUCUAAAAUAUGCCUGCUGCCAUAUGCUAUGGAAACUCCUGUGGCAGAUUCGUUCAACUGCAUCAGCAACAUGGUUUUAGAUAGAUAG